ACCUGAACCGCUCGCUCUCGCACGAUGACUUCGCUGCCGACGCUGCCGCUGGAGCUGCUGGAACUCAUCCUGGGCGACCCGGCAGUGAGCGUGCGCGAUCUCGUGGCUGUCUCUGCCACCUGCCGUGCGCUGCGCGAUGUGGUCGAGCUGGGCUCGGAUGCAAUCUGGCGCCGACACUGCGUUGCGACGUUCAGCGUGGACGAGUCCAACCCCGACCAGGAUACCGACGCGCCACUCGAUCCGCGAGAGCUCACAAGCAUCAUGUCAGCUGCUGGCGGAGAUGGAACGCAGGUCGACCAAGAGCGCGUGCACGAAGCCGCCCGAGCUCGCGGCAUCCCGUCGUGCGCGCUCAAUCCGACGCUGUGGCGGACGGCGGACGAGUCGCGCAACGACCGCGCAGCAGCAGCAGGGUCGCCGUGGCGUCGUCGAUACAUUCGACAUCAUCUAGCGUUUGGCCACUUGCUUCCAACGUACACGCGCAUGCGUCGCGCUUGGCGGAUAUUCACAGGUUGGCUCCGUGUCAACUCCCCUCGCAUUCACGGGCUGCUCCGACCGGGGACGCUUGGAUUAUUGUAUCCUGCAAGCAAGUACGCAUCCCUCACACAGGCAGUACUUUGCCUCUAUCGCAUGAACGAUGGCCAAAACAUAGGAAUGCCGGUUUUCGGGACGGCGGGCGCGUACGACGAGGUGCGCGACCUGUUUUUUCCACGCCUCCGUGAGCUGGAUGUGCUCGGCAGGCAGUUGAUCAGGUUUAUGGGAGCCCCAUGCAUUGUGAUGCCACUACUUGAGCCGAACGCGGACGCUCGUGACGCGCCCCUGUUGGACCUCAUCUCCUUUGACUCGAAGGGGUUGGAUGGGUUUCAAACCAAUUCGCUGACAGAAUGGAUUGAAGGGUAUGCUCGCGAUCUUGCCAGCACAAGGCUCAUUGCCGACGACAAUGGCGUGAUUGAUCUCUUCCCCACCUUUGGCGAGGGCGUCAGCACGGCAACCACAAAUGGCAUCCAGAUCAGCAUGAGUAGUUUGCCAUGGCCCUCACGCACUCGGCUGCACGAAAAUGGCUCUGAAUACGGCUUUAUUUACAAACUGCGCAUGGUUGGAACGAAUGCCAUGCCCGCAGGUGCACGGUACAAGCUGGCGUCCAGGCGGUGGGUAAUUGAGCAGCCCGACACGCCAAGCGAGACUGUUGAGGGACCGGGCGUCGUUGGCCUCUAUCCCGAGAUUGCGGCUGGAUCCCAUUUUCAGUACUGCUCUGCGACGAGCUACUCGACCAGGAUGGGUGGAUCGAUGCGAGGGCACUUUGUCAUGCUCGACAUGAACGCGCCCAGCUACUCUUUCGCGGCUCAGAUUGCUCCCUGUGUCAUGACUGUUCCGCCAAUAACUCGAUUCGAGUAGACUUUUGCUUCUGCCACAAAAAAAUCCAACGUGGAUGGCAUGAAAGUGAGAACAUACGAUUGAAUUGAGGUUGGAGCAAAGAAAUACAUGCAACAAAACCAAAAGGAAAAAGAAAAAAAAAAAAAGAGAAUAAAAGCGGCUCAGAC